ACGGGAAAUAUCUUCCAUGACAUCAUGGCACUCCCCAUUGAAAAUGGCAGCAAGAGUGCCUGGCGCUAUCACGCAAAUACCAUACAAAGACACGAAAAAUGCUACCAGAUGCAGGGUAGAAACAUCUUCUCGGGUAUGAUGGAUCCACGCACUGUAAACAAAACUUUGGAGGGUACCUGCAAGUGCAAUGUAGGCCACGGAGCAGCGGUAACACAGGGGGCAAAGGAAAGAAUAGAGGAAUGCUUCGCUGAUAUAGUGUCUCUUGUACCGCAGUGAAACAUCAACGACCCAAGAAACCACAGGCACCCAGAAAAUCGAAAGACAUGCCAAAUUCCUUGUUGAGCUUGAGCAUCGUUUUCUCAGCAGCAGAAUCAAGUAAAAGAUAUGAAUAGCUAUUCCUGGUCCACUCGAGAAGGUGUACCCUAUCGCCAUGCUUCUCUCCGCAACAUCCUCGUCCGUCCGUGCCUUGGUUAAGAAGAAAAAAAAUUGCAUGCACAGGCCGAGCAGGGAAGAGAUGCAGAUUGUAAAAUCCAAAAGACGAGGGCGGUCAAGGAAGCUGUCUAAUCGACUCAUGCCUGCUUGCUGACUGAUUUAUGGAUUGGUGGCGAUUGUUCCAGCUAGUCAAGCUUCACUCUGUCACAGCAUUGCCCUCCAUAC